AUGGAUCUGAGGGAUCGUUUCAGCGAUCGGAAACCGACGUACACGGACCUCCGAAAAAAAAGGCCCGAUUUCGGCCUACGCGAAUGGCCACAAUCUAGAAACGAAAACCGCUACGAUUCCAGCUCUCGAGGCUCAACACAACGUACAGACAACUUUAACCUGGGCGAUAGUACCAAGAGUGCAAUUGCAGAUGAGGACCUUCCAUUGAUAUCAUUGGGAGCUCUUGAUAUCCCCAGUCAGAGAGCUCUUGUAGCGUCUAUCUUCGCUAUCAUCCAGGCGUAUAAAUUGUACGAUCUGAUAUUACUGAAAACAGGACUUCCAGUUUCGGGAAUACUUCUGACAAGCUCACGUUUCAAUUUCAUAGCCAAAUACGUUGUCAUCGAUUCCCUUUUUCUGUAUCUUCUACCCAACUUGAAAAUCCCAAAAUUGACGUUCAGUCCCUUUGCAGUCUUUGUUCAAAUCUUGCUGGCAACAGCGAUGACUGUAUUUCUGUCAAAUGAACAGAGUUUUCCCUUUUUGACAGUUCUCAUUUCUGCAUGGUCCAAACUCAACACCAAACAAUUGAGUUUGACAGGCAAUUCUGUCAAUCAACGUAAGAUCACAGACGCAACGUCCCAUUUCAAAGGAGCCCUCACCAUCAAAAUCCUGCCUGAGAAUACUGCGAUGCUAAACCCAUUCCGCGAUUCGUUCUGUCUAAAUAUGAAUGGGGUUAACGUUGAGGAUCUCCAUAUUCCUCUUAGAAUCAAUUCGACUUCCGAAAUCGAGUUUCUUCAAUUAGAGUAUCGCGAUUUGGACCAUUCCAAUGUUCAGCUAUUAAAUUUCACGAAAAAACAGCUUAUAGAAGUACCGAAAUCUCACUCCUUUUUCAAGAAAGACAGAGCUUCUCAUCACGCAUCAAUUCGUUAUUUCGCGCUUCCAGUAGAACAGAUUGGCUUUUACCAGGUUAAGGAAAUAGUGGAUUCCAAAAAGUUUAAACUGAGGCUAUUCAAGUCUCAAGUCAUUGUCCCGCAUUGUCCUUGGGGUGUGAUAGCUGGCCUGGGCGAACAAGAUAGAUGUGUCGGUGAUUCGAGCAAAGUCUCCAUCGAAGCACAUGGUGUUCCGCCACUCAAACUUGAGUACAAACGCUCUUUAGAUGGCGAGUCUGCUCGAUUCGUAGACACAAAUCUCGCGCCUGAAAGAUUCGAAUCACCGCUCUUGUCAAACCAAAAGCUUUUCUCCGACGAUGCAGUCGCUAAUUUGCACUGGGCAAAAAAUCAUCCCGUUGCUAUCAGUCUAGAAUCAACUCUAAAAGAUGACGGUACUUACACCUACACGCUAGAAAAGAUCACAGAUGGCUUAGGCAAUACGAUGGAUUUCUCAACAAUGUCUCAGGACUUGCUACAGAAAUAUGGAGUUUCCUACAGCUUUGACGUGCAUAACUUGCCCAAAGCUACGUUAGACUCCAAGUUCGAUCACAAUUCUCCCACAAAAAGGUCCUUAGUUGUCAAAUUUGAAAAUACAAGGAAUUGGGAGGGAGAUUGCCCGUAUAAGGUUGCUCUACAUGUGCUAGGUGACAACGAACAAUCUUCGACAUUCGAGUAUGACCUAAACAAACUCGUGACUGAAAUUCCCGUCGAAUUACCGGGUACUUACAGUCUAGAAUCAGCGAGCUCUCGGUUUUGUUCUGGUAUAGUGAUCGACAAGUCAAAUAUUCUUGUGACGAAGCCAAUACCCCCAAGCUUGCAAGUCAGAUCUACACCUAUACUAGACCAAUGUGUUGGACAAGUUGGGCUGAAUUUUGACUUGACAUUUACAGGUGUGCCACCGUUUUACUACCGAACGAAGAUUUACAAAAUCGAAGGGAAAGAUCGUGUGUUACACGACACAAAGAAAUUUACAUCGCAGGGAACAAGAAACCAGUUCCGCUAUAGUCCAGCAACUGAAGGAAACUAUGAAAUCGUUUUUGAUCAAAUCUCUAAUACUUUGUUCACCAAGGCGAUUCCUUUGGCUCCUGCGAAGGAUUUCACUUUCGCCACCUCAAUGAGAGUUAAACCGGACGCAUCCAUUUCGUCGAAAUACGCUACUCAACUCUGUUUAAACAGUCAAAGCAAGAUACCAAUCACGUUCAAAGGUGAGGCACCAUUUGCACUGGAAUAUGACAUUUUGGAGACCUCAACAAACAAGAGGUCGACCUAUUCUAUUAAGGACAUCAACUCAUAUACGUUCGAAGUUGAAACACCAAAGUUUGGUGUAGGUGGAGAUUACAUUCUCUCACUUGUUUCUGUCAAGGAUAGCUCUGGCUGUGAGGUGGGUAUUAGCUCAACUGACGCUCGCAUUGAAGUACGUCGAGACAUUCCUUCCGCUGGAUUUAGCACCUUCGAACACAAUCAUGAGGUACUGAUUAAAGACGGAUCCUUCGCGGAAUUGCCAAUAAGUCUUUCAGGCAUAGCGCCAUUUGCUGUCACCUAUCAGCACAUCGACAAAACUGGGAAAAUUAUGGGUACAUUUGAGACCAAAUUCUUAUCAAGUUACAAAGCUACCUUGAGGGCAGAGAAAGAAGGUAUUUAUAAAUUGCUGUCUGUCAAAGAUCGGAGCUGCUCUGGAAGAGUGGGCUCCGAAAAUGAAUUUGGAGUAUCUUACUUGAGCAAGCCUAGCUUUACGGUUGUCGAAAAUAGCAAGCUACGCGAAAGUGAUGGUGUUUUAAGAAAGACAGCUGUUUGUGAAAGGCAUGAAGAAACAGUCGACUUAAUCUUGAAGGGAUCUCCGCCAUUCGUGGUUUUUUACGAGCUCACAUCCCCAAGUAAUCAAAUCAUUUCAAAGUCCGUACAUGUGGCAACGAAGUAUGCGACAAUCAACUUGCCCAAUGAUAGGGCUGGCCAAUAUACACUAACAAUAAGAGGUAUUUCAGACUCUCACUACGCUGAGAAGGACUUAGCCAACAUCGGCUCAGUUUCCUCUGCCAAAAUUAUCAAGCAGGAAGUAAAACCGCUGCCAAGUGUUCAAUUCGCUGAGCCUGGCAGAACGUUCCGUACUUGCUCAGCCGAUUUAGACGAAACUGCUGGUCUCGAGAAGAUUGCCCUUCACGUAAAAGCGGGACAUGUGCCAUUGUCUGUCUCUUUUAGUGUUUAUCACGAAAGCACUAGUAAGACUGACUACGUCACCAUCAACAACGUAACUCGGAACAGCUUUGAUUACGCCAAACUAUUCAAAAAUCUUAACCUUGGAAACCACAUUGUUACCAUCAGAGAGGUUGUUGAUGCUAAUGGGUGUACUUCAGAUCAUAAAACGGGGAACAAUCACGUCAUAAUAUCAAUCACAGAUGUUCCGCGUAUAUCUUUGGUUGAGCCAAACAUGGAUGUUUGCGUCGGUGACUACGUUUCGUAUCAAUUGGGAGGUAUGGCGCCUUUCACUAUCAAGUACGAUUUCAAUGGGGUUUCGUUGAAGUCCAAGGAGAGCACGUCCCAGUUCGUAAGACUGGCGUCUGAAGCAGGCAGAAUAUCCAUUAGCUCCUUGCAGGAUUCGGCCUCCCAAUGCGUGGUGAACUUCGUGAAGCCGGGCAUGGAGCAUCAAUUUGAGGAAUUGUCACUCGACGUUCAUCCAAUUCCAUCUGUCACAGUUUCGCGGGGCGACUACAUUGUAGAAGACAUUCAUGAAGGAGACCAAGCUGAGAUCAUAUUUUCAUUCAAGGGAACUCCACCAUUUUCUUUAACCUACGUUCGGACUGAGCAGACCGAUGACAAACGUGGGAAAAGAAGACCUCAGAUUGUCGAGACGCAUAAAGUCGAAGACAUCUACGCAUACGAAUACAGAACUUUCACGAGCUUGCAAGGCAGAUACGAGGCUAUAGCCAUUGCCGAUGCCUAUUGCUCCGCGAAGAACAACGCAUAUUUUGCUUGA